AUGGCCGAGAGCGAGGACUUCAGACGCUGGGAAGAAAAGAGGCGAGAUGUCAAAAGGGCAGAGAUCCGACUCAGUCGUGGGCUGCGGAGUUUAGAAGAAGCCCGUGUCGCCUAUUUGAAUUCGAUGACCAAGGAACAGAGGCAGCUCCGGCAAGAACUCCAGAAACUACAGAAAAGCCGCUCCAAGCAGAAGCUAUCCUUGGGCACAGGUGGUAUUGGCAUAAACAUGACACUCCCUCUACUAUCCCGUCAAACGAGGUGGGAUAACAGCUCCAGAGAUGCACAACGAAGCAUGAGGAAAAUCAAGCCAGGAGGCACCUCAGAUACAAGCCAGUCAGUGUCACAUCCACACAGCAACGAUGCCACAGUCUGUGAUGGAAACGGCCAUUUACCGCCACUGAAGGCCAAAGACCAAACUUCUGUAGCUGACAGUGAAGUGAUCGCUCUUAAAACCACUAUCGCCAAGCAGCUUAACAUCUCGGCAGAAACUACAGAGGGAGAAGAGCAGGAUAGCACACAGGACCAAGGGAAAGGGCUCUCAACAGAAGAGAUUAGAGAUGUUGGACCCAAGUACUCUAGAACUAAGUUUAUGAAUGCCCCAGUGAAGCGGAGACCUUCUCUUGUUCAUGAGAGGCUGAUUCUAGAUCCAGAGGCCUAUGGUGCAGAUGGACGCCUCAGGACCAUGUAUUCCAGACCCGAUUUCCUCAAGGUCUAUUCUGAAGCUCGGAAAUUCCGUUACAUUCGACAUAAGAACAUUCCAGCUUGGGAAAAAGAGCUCAGCCUUCAGGAGAUAUUUGGGCACAAACCCCUCAUCGAGCAUUCUCCACAACCACAACCAGUGAUUAAUCCUAAACCUUAAAUGGUGGGGCAUUUGGCAUACUCAAGG